AUGAAUGGCUGGACAUCCCCUGAAGGGAUCCUCUACAUCAAAGAAACUCUAUGCACUCUUUUACCUUGGCCAAAUGGUCCCCAUAACUGGCAAGUUAACAGUACUGCCAAUAUACUAGAAGGAAAUAAUCAAUUGGUUAUUGCUGCUUGCAGUGAAGGGAAGAUAGCAGUCGCAUACUUACAUCUCAUCUUAAUCUCCCAUUUGUCAAAGAAGCCUCCGAGAUCCUUGCCAUCCUUUGUGAGAAGUAUUCAGUCAACUACUGUGGUCUUGAUGAUCAUACCCCUAAUUGAUGUUGGACUGUGUCAAGUGGAAGAAAUGUCAAGGAUGGGAGUUAGAGUGGUCUCACUAGACAAGGAGACAGUGAGGGAAGCUGCAGACUUCUGCGAAGCCUAUGGUCAGAUCAACUGCACCAUUGCAUGCAUCCCUGUUGGCAUUCCUGUCUUAGUGAUGAGCAGAACACUAGGCUCAGAGGCUGAGACAUCUCUCACCAAGUUUCUGGGCUUUCACGAUGGGACAUAUCAGAUGAUCUGA